AAAUGAGCAUUUUUCCUACCAUACUCCUUAUUGCUAACAUAUUAUUAUUCAUAUCCAAAAUUUCUUCUGCAAGAGAUACCAUUACACAAUCACAAUCACUUCUCGAUGGAAGCACCUUGAUUUCUAAGGGUGAAGUAUUCGAGCUGGGUUUCUUUAAUCCUGGUAAUUCCAACAACCGUUAUGUUGGAAUAUGGUACAAAAAUAUUCCCGUUAGAAGAGUUGUUUGGGUUGCCAAUCGUGACAACCCAAUAAAAGACAAUUCUAGCAAGUUGAUCAUAAGUCAAGAUCGAUUUCUUGCGCUUGUCAAUAAGAAUCAAUCUCUUUUAUGGUCAACAAACACAACAACAAAGGUUUCAAAUCCAAUUGUGCAACUCUUGGAUAAUGGAAAUUUAGUAUUUAAAAAUGACGGUGAAGAAAAAUUUCUAUGGCAAAGUUUUGAUUAUCCUUGUGAUACAAUAUUACCCGAGAUGAAGGUUGGAUGGGACAAAAAAAGGGGUAUCGAUUGGCGUCUUACUGCGUGGAAAAAUUGGGAUGAUCCAUCUUCAGGUGAGUUUAUUUCAGCUAUGAUUCUAACUCCUAAUCCUGAAAGUUUUAUGUGGAAAGGUUUAAGAAAACUCUAUAGGACAGGACCAUGGACCGGUCCUCGAACGACUGGAAUAAUUGGAUUGACACAAAAUCCACUAUAUAAUUAUGAUUUUCUCAACAAUGAAGAUGAAGUGUAUUAUAUGUUCACCCUUAAGAAUAGCUCUAUCAUUUCUAUAAUUGUUUUUAACCAAACAAUUUCUCUUCGUCAACGCCUCGUUUGGAUUCCAGAAUCCAAAAUAUGGAGUGUUUACCAAACCUUACCACAAGAUAAUUGUGAUAUAUACAAUGUUUGUGGGGCAAAUGGGCAUUGUGUGUUGGAUGCAUCACCUAUAUGCCAGUGUUUAGAUGGAUUUAAGCCGAAGUCGCCACAACAAUGGAAUGCAACGGACUGGAGUCAAGGAUGCAUGCGUAAUGGUAAUUGGAGUUGCGGGGUCAAAAACAAAGACGGGUUUAAGAAAAUUGUUGGGAUGAAAUUGCCGGAUACUACACAUUCUUGGAUUGACGAGAAAAUGACACUUGACGAUUGCAAGGCUAGAUGUUUGAAAAAUUGUUCGUGCAGUGCUUACUCAAAUUUAGACUCAACUGGAGCAGGCAGUGGUUGUUCUAUCUGGUUUGGUGAUCUUGUUGAUCUGAGAGUUAUACAAAGCGGAAAUGACUUAUAUAUUCGAGUUGAUGCCUCAGACACUGGUGGUAAAAAUGGGCAUACCAAAACUAUAAUAUUGGCAAUAUCUAUUACUAUUUCACUAGUCCUUGUGAUAUUGUUGGCAUUCACCUAUAUUUAUAUAACAAAGGCAAAGCGUAAAGAGAAAAUGGAGAAAAUCACAAGGUUGGAAGACAAAGAUGAAGACACACAUGAAGAUUUUGAGCUUCCUAUCUUUGAUCAAGUUACAAUACUCAAGGCAACAAAUAACUUCUCUUUAAACAACAAGCUCGGUGAAGGUGGUUUCGGACCGGUAUAUAAGGGUAUAUUGCUUGAUGGACAAGAAAUUGCUGUCAAAAGACUUUCAAAGAGUUCUGGACAAGGAUCAAAAGAGUUUAAAAAUGAAGUUAUAUUAUGUGCUAAACUUCAACAUCGAAAUCUUGUUAAGGUUGUUGGUUGUUGUAUUGAAGGAGAUGAGAAAAUGUUGAUCUAUGAAUACAUGUCGAAUAAUAGCCUCGAUUCAGUUCUUUUUGAUCCAAUUCAAAGUAAAUUGUUAGAUUGGUCCGCACGCUUUAACAUUCUAUUUGGAAUUGCUCGAGGACUUCUUUAUCUACAUCAAGAUUCGAGAUUAAGGAUCAUACACAGAGACCUGAAAGUGAGUAAUAUUUUAUUAGACAAUGAAAUGAAUCCAAAAAUUUCAGAUUUUGGCUUGGCUAGAAUGUGUGGAGAUGAUCAAAUUCAAGGGAGAACAAACAGAAUAGUUGGCACAUACGGUUAUAUGGCUCCAGAAUAUGCUAUUGAUGGAUUAUUUUCUAUAAAAUCAGAUGUAUUUAGCUUUGGAGUAUUAUUACUAGAAAUUAUCAGCGGAAAGAAAAAUAGAGAAAUUAGCUAUCAAGAACAUGAUCAUAAUCUUAUUGGAUAUGCAUGGAGAUCGUGGAAAGAGGAAAUGCCACUGAAAUUGAUCGAUGAUAAUGUAAGGGACUCGUGCAUUGAAUCCGAAGCAGUACGUUGCAUUCAAACUGGUCUACUAUGCCUACAACAUCAUCCCAAUGAUAGACCAAAUAUGACAUCUGUAGUUGUGAUGUUAAGUAGCGAAAAUACUCUACCUGAACCAAAGGAACCUGGUUUCUUAAUUAACAAGCCUAGAGCCGAAGUAGAACCUUCUUCUGAAAGACAAACAUCUUCGACAAAUGAAAUAACUAUUUCGCUAUUAGACAAAAUGGCCAUUAUUCUUCAUACCCUGCCUUUAAUUACCAAAUUACUAUUAGUAUUAUUACUCUUCUUCAAAAUUUCCUCUUCAACAGAUACCAUUACACAAUCACAGCCACUUCCGGAUGGAACCACCUUGGUUUCUAAAGGUGACAUAUUUGAGUUGGGUUUCUUCAAUCCUGGUAAUUCAACAAAUCGCUACGUUGGAAUUUGGUACAAAAAUAUCCCAAGGGUUGUUUGGGUCGCCAACCGUGACAAUCCAAUCAAAGACAAUUCUAGCAAGUUGAUCAUAAGUCGAGAGGGAAACCUUGUACUUCUAAAUCAAAAUCAAACAAUAUUAUGGUCAACAAACACAACAACAAAGGUUACAAUUUCAAGUCCAAUUGUGCAACUUUUGGACGAUGGAAAUUUAGUACUAAAAAAUGAGAAGCUGAGCAACACCGGUGAAAAUUUUCUAUGGCAGAGUUUUGAUUAUCCUUGUGAUACGAUAUUAUCAGGAAUGAAGGCGGGAUGGGACAAAAACAAGGGUCUUGAUAGGAAACUUGUUGCAUGGAAAAAUUGGGAGGAUCCGUCGUCAAGUGAGUUUAGUUCAGAUAUGGUACUAACUCCUAAUCCUGAAAGCUUUAUUUGGAAAGGCUCAACAAAACUCUAUAGAACGGGACCAUGGACUGGUCGUCGAUCUAGUGGAGUAGUUGGAUUGACGGACAAUCCACUUUAUGAUUAUGAUUUUGUCAACAAUAAAGAUGAAGUGUAUUAUAUGUUCACACUCAAGAAUAGUUCUGUUGUUUCUAUAAUUGUUUUGAACCAAACAAAUUCUGUUCGUCAACGUCUCAUAUGGAUUUCAGAAUCCAAAACAUGGAAUGUAUACCAAACUUUACCACAAGAUAGUUGUGAUAAAUAUAAUGCUUGUGGCGGAAAUGGGCUUUGUGUGCUUAACCAAUCACCUAUGUGUCAGUGUUUAGAUGGAUUUAAGCCGAAGUCGCCACAAAAGUGGAAUGCAAUGGACUGGAGACAAGGAUGUGUGCGUAAUGGCAAUUGGAGUUGUGGAAUCAAAAAUAGAGACGGGUUUAAGAGAAUUGUUGGGAUGAAAUUGCCGGAUACUACAUAUUCUUGGAUUGAUGAGAAAAUGACACUCGAAAAUUGCAAGGAUAAAUGUUUGAAAAAUUGUUCUUGUAGUGCUUACUCGAGUUUAGACUCAACUGGAACUGGUAGUGGUUGUUCUAUCUGGUUUGGUGAUCUUGUUGAUCUCAGAGUUUCACAAAGUGGACAAGACUUAUAUGUUCGAAUAGACUCAUCAGAUAUUGGUGAUAAAAAUGGUCAAGUAAAAAAAGUAGUGUUGGUAAUUUCAGUUACAGUUUCAGCAGUUCUUGUGAUGUUAUUGGCAUUCGCCUACAUAUAUAUAACAAAGGCGAAGAAUAAAAAGAAAUUAGAGGAAAUAACCCGGUUAGAAGAGAAAGAAGAUAUACAUGAAGAUUUUGAGCUUCCUAUUUUUUAUCAACCUACCAUACUAAAGGCAACAAAUAACUUCUCUUUUGACAACAAGCUCGGCGAAGGUGGUUUUGGACCCGUAUACAAGGGUACAUUGCUCGAUGGACAAGAAAUUGCUGUCAAAAGGCUUUCAAAGAGCUCUGGACAAGGACUUAAAGAGUUUAAAAAUGAAGUUAUAUUAUGUGCUAAACUUCAACACCGAAAUCUUGUUAAAGUUAUUGGUUGUUGUAUUGAAGGUGAGGAGAAAAUGUUGAUCUAUGAAUACAUGCCCAACAAAAGUCUCGAUUCAUUUCUUUUUGAUCCAUUUCAAAGUAAAUUGUUAGACUGGUCUGCCCGAUUUAACAUUCUAUUUGGAAUUGCUCGGGGUCUUCUUUAUCUUCAUCAAGAUUCAAGAUUACGAAUAAUACACAGAGAUCUGAAAGUAAGUAAUAUUUUAUUAGAUGAUGAAAUGAAUCCCAAAAUUUCAGACUUUGGCAUGGCUAGAAUGUGUGGAGGUGAUCAAAUUGAGGGGAGAACAAACAGAAUUGUAGGCACAUACGGCUAUAUGGCACCAGAAUAUGCUUUUGAUGGAUUAUUCUCUACAAAAUCAGAUGUGUUUAGCUUUGGCGUAUUAUUAUUAGAAAUUAUCAGUGGAAAGAAAAAUCGAGCAAAUAGUUACCAGGAACACGAUCAUAAUCUUAUCGGAUAUGCAUGGAGGUUGUGGAAAGAGGGCAUACCACUGACCUUGAUCGACGGUUAUUUAAGGAAUUCAUGUAUUGAAUCUGAAGUAGUACGUUGCAUUCAAAUUGGUCUACUAUGCCUACAACAUUAUCCUGAUGAUAGACCAAACAUGACAUCCGUAGUUGUGAUGAUGAGUAGUGAUAAUACUUUACCAAAACCAAAGGAACCCGGUUUGUUAAUUAAAAGGUUCUCGGUUGAUGGAGAACCUUCUUCCGAACGACAAACAUCUUCUUCGACAAAUGAAAUAACUAUCUCACUAGUAAAAGCUCGAUAGAGAAAUUUGACCAAUUGUGACAUUAUACAUAAAAUUAUGUAGUUUUUUUUUUCCUCACGAAUUCAAUAAACUUUUAUUGUAUAGUUACAACUUACAACAAAU